AUGAGCUCUCCUCGGGCCAAACAGCUGGCCCUACAGGCCGAUCCCGACCGGCCCGAUUUCAUGAACCCCGCGGUUUUUCGCAGAAAUACCCUCCCCGCGCGUUCUUAUUAUAUCCCCUCUACAUCUCUACUUCUCAAUGGAGCAUGGGAGUUCAAUAUGGCCCGGUCACCACCGGAGGCACCGGACUCCAGCGAGGAGGCCUCCGAAGAGGACUGGUCCAGCAUCAAUGUUCCGGGCCAUUGGCAGUUGCAGGGUUGGGGGAAGCCGAAUUAUACCAACACACAAUUCCCCAUCCCAGUGUGCCCUCCUUUUGUGCCCACCGAGAACCCCACGGGUACAUACCGUCGGAAGUUCCAAGUGCCGGCGGAAUGGAAAGCAAACAACACAGAAAUUCGUUUGCGAUUCGACGGCGUCGAUAGCGCGUACCACGUUUGGGUGAACAAGUCCUUGGUCGGGUAUGCGCAGGGUAGCAGAAACCCCUCUGAGUUCGACAUUACACCAUUUUUGAAGGACGGGGACAAUGAAGUCUUUGUCCGGGUGUACCAGUGGUCAGACGCUACGUAUAUCGAAGAUCAGGAUCAGUGGUGGCUAUCUGGAAUUUUUAGAGACGUCACUUUGAUUGCAUUCCCACCCAACGAUCGUUUGAAUGACUGGUUCAUUCGCACAGACCUCGAUUCAGAAUACAAAAAUGCGACACUUCUCGCAACGAUUGAUUACCAGGUCUCAGAGAAAAGUACCAUUACACUCAAUUUACAUGAGCCAGUGGACGGCAGCAGUCAUGUCAUUACUUCCACGGAGUGUAUUGUGGAGCCAGCAACAUCUACAGCUGAACUCAGCUUUCCUGUAACCAAUCCCAAGAGGUGGACUGCCGAGCAGCCAUAUCUAUAUGAAGUGGAGAUGAUCCUGACAACUCCUGGAUCCAACAAAACUUUCAAAACUACACAGCGCAUUGGUUUUCGCAAAGUCGAGCGCAAGGGUGGCCUUAUCACCGUUAACGGAAAGGCUAUUCAGCUUCGUGGAGUAAACCGACAUGAUCACCACCCGCUUUUGGGUCGUGCCGUGCCACUGGACUUCAUGAGGAAAGACCUGCUUUUCAUGAAAGCUCACAACGUAAAUGCCCUUCGCUGCAGUCAUUAUCCCCCCGAUCCUCGGCUUCUUGAUAUGGCCGAUGAGCUGGGAUUCUGGGUUAUCGAUGAAGCCGAUCUUGAAUGUCAUGGCUUCUAUGACGCUGUCUCACGCCCAAUGGACAUGGACGAAACACUUGGCUACGAGCAACGGAAGGCAAUGACCUUUCCCAAGUGUGGUGCCCAUACAUCAGAUAACCCAGUCUGGCGGGCAGCCUACGUUGAUCGAGUUCAUUCGCUGAUUCAACGAGACAAGAACCAUCCUAGUAUUAUUAUCUGGUCUAUGGGAAAUGAAGCUUUCUUCGGUACAUGUCACCGAUCCAUGGUGGAGUAUGCCCGGGCCUUCGACACCACUCGCUUGGUGCACUAUGAGGGUGACGUGGAUGCGGAGACCACAGACAUGUUUAGCUACAUGUAUCCAGAAAUCAACCGUCUGAGAUCCUUGGCAGCCACGGAGGGUGCUUCGAACAAUGGCGAGUUUGAGAAGCCUAUCAUUCUGUGUGAAUACGCUCAUGCCAUGGGUAACGGACCCGGCCUUCUUAUGGAGUACGAGAAAUGCUUCGAUGAGAUCCCGCGUUUGCAGGGUGGUUUCAUUUGGGAAUGGGCCAACCACGGGUUAUACAUUGAAGGAAACAGCAAUAAAGAUGGCUUUUAUGCUUACGGUGGUGACUUCGAUGACUAUCCAAAUGAUGGAACAUUCGUGAUGGAUGGCCUCUUGAACAGUGCUCAUCAGCCUCUGCCAGGUCUGUUGGAGCUAAAGAGAGUCUUUGAACCAGUGAAGUUGGAAGUCUGUGGACAAGUCUUAGCUUUGAAGAACCGAUACAACUUUUUGGACUUAAGCCAUCUCCAAGCUUCAUACAAGCUUGAAUCAUUUGACAAGCAAACAAAGACUCUGGCAACUGGAUCGCUGAAACUACCCAUUGUGCCCGCUGGGCAAUCUGCUGAGAUUUACCUCCCAACAGAGCUCUUCCAACACAACGCCCAUCCAGCAUACCUGACCAUUACACUUGAGCAACGACAGAAGGUUGAAUGGGAUCAGGGGGCUUAUGUUGUUGCUUGGACACAACAUUUAGCAUCAAAGCCAAGUGAGAAAGCCCCAGUCAAUGGCCUGAGCUCUACUCAAGAUGAUAUCUCGACAAACUCCACCAAGACAACCGUCUCGGUCAGUGGAUCCAACUGGUGCUUUGAGUUUGAUCACAUUCGGGGACAUCUCAGAAAAUGGACAUACAACUCAACUUCUAUUCUUGAGCCGCAUCCUGACACAGGGCUUGCGAUGGUGCCUGGUUUCUGGCGUCCCCCGACGGACAAUGACGUACCUUCUGCGAUGCCGUAUUGGAAGCGAUUCGGGGUAAACUGUCUCACAAACCAGUUCCGUUCCUUUAAUAUGUCACCGCUGGAGGAUGGAAGUAUAUGCAUCGAAAGCCAGACAUUCCUCUCGCCACCAGUCCUUUCUUGGGGAUGGAAGUGCCUUGCGCGUUAUAUCAUCAGACCGAAUGGCUCGUUGUCCAUCACCAUGAGCUUGCAUCCCACUGGAGCCGCACCGACAAAUGUUCCUCGGGUUGGGCUCAACCUUCGUGCAAAUUCUGACCUGCAGUCAGCAAAUUGGCUUGGACUUGGUCCUGGAGAAUCGUAUCCCGAUAAGAAGGUUGCCCAGAAGUUUGGUUUGUGGAAUGUUGUCAAUAUCACGUCCUUGCAGACGGUCUAUGACGUUCCACAGGAGAAUGGAAAUCGCACAGACACUGCUUGGGUCGAACUCCUCACUUUCAAUGGCACGGGCUUCCGUGCAAGCCCGCUGGAAAGUACGGUGGCCAAUGGAGGAACGGCAAGCUUGAGCUGGACGGCUAGCCAGUACUCCGAUGAGACUAUUGAGGCGGCACGACACCCCUGUGAUCUCGUCAAAGGUGACGCGCUGUUUGUGAGAUUGGAUGAUCAAGUCGCGGGUGUAGGAACUGCAGCCUGUGGCCCGGGCCCUAUGGAUGAGCAUAUAGUUAAGGUGCAGGAUAUCACCUUUGGUAUGCUAUUGGAGCCUGUAUCUUUAUGA